AUGGUGAACUCAGAUCUGCUCCCCAUCAACAAGGACCUGCCUCACAACGAGAAGCCUGUCACCAUCUGGCCUCUCAGUGAUGCACAAGUCAUGCACUUUCAUUCGUCCGAACUAGCGCAAGCGCUGCCGAGAAUGCUCCAGAAAGAACUGCCAGUGAUCGACUUUGGUUGCGGGAAAGGAUUCUACAUCUCCAAACUCUCGGAACUUGGGUAUCAAGUGUACGGGAUCGAGGGGACCGACGGGAUUCAAGAUAUCGCCUACUACAAGCCGAUCAUGAAGGCAUGCGAGCGGCUCCCUUGUCUACGUCCUGAGACUUAG